GCUUGACGACAGCCUUGAGGUGACGUUGCAGGACAAACAAACGGAGGAGAGGAGAGGCAGCAGUAGCAGCACGGACGGACGGAGGGAGGUGAAGAGACUCCUGGUCAUACCCUGACAUUUUUUAAAGAUAUCCGGAUAAUGCAGUCUUCCAAGAGGAGUGAGAGUGACUGGCAGGGGCUUGUCAGCGAGGUAAGUGGAAGUGGAGGAAACCGUGAACAGCUGUUGCAGGCGCGGACUCAUCUUCACGUUAGCUCCGUCGUCCAUAUGGAAAGAGCUCUUGCCCCUUGGAUAAAUACACACAUGAGCUGUUUUACACCUCUUUAAACCCUAAACUUUUGGUCUUGAGCUUAUGAUUAAUAUGAUAACAUCCGCUGACUGCGUUAGCUAGCCUGCAGGCCGACAGCAUCCAGGCGGGGACACCCCUGCCCACUUCUUAAACACGCAAGGAGCACAGAUCCACCUGUGGGGCUACAUGCUGUCAUUGCUGGCACUAAUGACAAUAUAUUGCCAUAUUAAACAAACAAAAAAAGUAAUAAAAAGGGUCGAGAUAGAGUAAUUUCAUUCAAUCAAUGUUAAAAAAAAAAAAAAACAUAACUGGACAACUCCAUUAUUAAUUGUAAGCUGUAGAUUUGCAAGCCUUAUUAAACAACAUUACCACUGCACCUUUGGUAUCAUGGCAGUGGCAGUCUUUUAAUUUGGUUACAAGCUGGUCUGACAUUUAUGAAGGUUGACUUUCACUGUCUUAUCUUAACUUUAAACACUCUGCUCCUGUGUGGUUUUCCACCUGUACUGUUGGCUGUAUUUGUACAGCUGAGUCAUUUCAAAUUCAAAUUAUACAAAAAAUGCAAUUCAAAGUGCCUCACAAAGGCUAAAAUCAACAAUUAACAACAAUAAAACCCAACCCUCCCACCCCCCCCAUACACACACCCAUGGACCCACGCGCACACCCUCACUCACCCACACAUACACACACGCAAGCGCACACAGUGUGAGAAUUGAAGAUAUAUUGUUAGAGAGACAUGGCCUGACACAGAGACAUUACGUGAGGAAAAAGCUACCUCUGGGAAACACUGGAGAUAAAAAUAGAGAUAAAAAUGGUGAAAAAAAAGAGUAAAACCUGAUUUACUAAAACAAGAAAAUAAUAUUAAAUGAACAGUUAAGUAACAGCUCUUUACCAUACAAAAAAGGGGUAAAAGAAGUAAAAACCUGUGACAGGAAUCAAGAAAAAAGACUAAGAACAGAGAUAAUUAAUAAAAUGACAUAAAAUAAACAAUAAGAACUUCAUUUGCAAUAAGAGCAAUCAAUGAAAAGCCUGGUUAAAAAGGUGAGUCUUGAACCUCUUCUUAAAAACAUCAACAGUCUCUGCGCCCCUGAGGAUCUCCUGCAGGCUGUUCCACAACCGGGGACCAUAAGAACUGAAAGCCGCCCCCCUGUGUGUUUUGGUUUUGACUUUGGUUAAGGUUAAAAAGCCUGUGCCGGAGGACCUCAGAGUCCACGAGGGUUGAUAUGAUAAAAGUAAGUCAGAUAAAUAAAAGGGGCCAAGACCAUUAAUACAUUUAAAAGCUAAUAGAAGAACCCUGAAAUCAAUCCUGAAACUGAUGGGGAGCCAAUGCAGUGAUGCUAAAACUGGUGUUAUAUGUUCUCGCCCUCUGGCCCUCCCAGCACUCUAGCAGCUGAAUUCUGUAAUAGCUGAAGUGUAUGUAAGUUCUUCUCGAGGAGGCCAAGAGGAACUUUUGCAAUGAGUGAUCAUUUUGGUGAUUUUUUUUAAAGCUACCGUCAGAUAUGUUUGUUGUUUUUGACAGCUUUCCCUCCAGAUUGGACCUUUAGGAAAUUAUAAAGCCAAAAUCAAUCCAUCCAUCCACCCAUCCAUCCAUUUUCUACUGCUUAUUCCCAUUCCUGGGCAAGUUGCCAGUUCAUUUCAGGGCUGACAUGUAGAGACAAACAACCAUCCACCCUCACAUUCACACCUAAGGGCAAUUUGAAAGUGGCCAAUUAACCUAACCCCACUUUGGCAUGUAUUUUUGGAUGUGGGAGGUAACCAGAGUACCUGGAGUAAACCCACGCAGACACAGGGAGAACAUGCAAACUCCACACAGAAACACCCUAAGCCAGAUUCGAACUCGGGACCUUCUUGCUGUGAGGCGGCAGUGCUAACCACUACACCACUGUGCUGCCCUUAAAGCCAAAAUCAUGCAACAGAAUGCUUUUGCUUUUUUGAUACAUUUAUGUAUUUUGACCUGAGUUUAACUCUUCCCUGUACUUCAUUAUACUUCUGCUGUCACUUCUGUCCUUGUAUGCGGUCUUUUCCCUAGUUCCUGGUGUGCAAGCGCAAGCUGGAGAGCAAGAAAGAGGCCCUCCUCAUCCUCUCCAAGGAGCUCGAUACCUGUCAGCAGGAAAGAGACCAGUACAAGUUGAUGGCGAACCAGCUGAGGGAGCGCCACCAGGGACUCAAGAAAAAGUACAGGGAACUAAUUGUGAGUGGAAGUUCAUAAAGUUAGAGUGUUUCACAGUCAUUUUACUCUGUUACAAAUAAUAAUCAAACUCAUUUUGUUUUUCAGGAUGGAGACACCUCUUUGCCACCGGAAAAACGCAACCAGGUAAGCUGUUAUUGAUAUUUAAGACUGUUUUCCUGCCACUCAUGCCAGAAGUACCUACACUGUGGUAUAGUUUAAAUGUUAUGCUCUGUUCUCUCUCAGUUAAGCGACAAUUACUUCUCAUUAAACACAGAACAGUAUCUCAAAACUUAACUCAGUAUUGAGAGGUGAUUUUGAUGCAUUUGUGGCAAGGUUUGUUUUGUAGGAAAUCCUCGUGGUGUUGUUUCAGGGACACUGAGUCACCCGAGUUUAAGUUGCUUAAACAAAUCAGUUUUAAAAAGCACAAAUUAGAAAAAUCUGUGAUGUUUCCAAUAAGCUCCUUCACAUAUGUAUGUCUACACGAUAGCUCAAUACGCCUCCUCGUCUUCACCAUCUCCUCAGGUGAACCUGGCUCAGCUGCUGAGAGACUCAAGAGAUCGAGCGAAACAGCUCGCUGAAGAGGUGAAGGAGCUGACACAGAGGCUGGCGGAGGCCCAGGGGGAUAACAAGGUAAGGUUACUUGUAAAUAAACACAGACAAACACAUAAAGAGUUGUUCAAGGUGAAUCGAUCCAGUGCAUGAGUCGAUGUGUUUUCCAAAAGGAGCAAAUUUAGCCUCAUGUUUGUUUCUUUUUCUACAGCUCCUGAGGAUGACCAUUACUCGACAGAGGUUGGGAGAUGAGGAGGUAGGAGUACGUCAUUUUCCAGCACAUGAGCGAGAGGAUCUUGUCCGUCAGCUGGAGAGAGCAGGGCUACAGGUUUGUGUAUUUCUUUCUGCUCCCUAAAACUUAUCUUAAAAGUACACAUUCACACAACCUAAACAUUGCUACUAAUAUACCUUUUAUUUCAGAAAUCAUAAGACCAGUUGUAGAUUGAUCACACAGUAUUUCUCACCCCUCUACCUAAUUUUUACUUCACAUUUAGCCUCAACACACAGGUUUACCUUAGAGUGGACAUUUAGCAUUAUUCGAAUAUUUUCAUAGUUUGUUUAUUUUGCUCUUUGAUCAGGUCAUUUGUGCCUCUAUACUUUAAGUCCUUGAAACAUAGAUAUGGUCUGUAUAAAAAAGUGCUGCACAGCUGACAAAAGGAGAUGUAAUUGUCAGGAAAGAACGCAAUUCACUGUAAUGAAAUAAAGAUUUAUUAUUUAUGUGAAUGAUAAAUCAAAAAGUCAUGAUCAAUAUCAAGAACUCAUUAAAACUCCAACAUUAAAGUACUGUUAAGACAUUGCUAGUAUAGACUUUUUGAAUGCAAAAUAAUGAAACUUUGAUCAGGCAACUUCAAAUGCUUUUAAUCAACAUUAAUUAUUGAAUUCUAGCGAUUAAUAGUGAUUUAGAAAAAUUACUUGUUUGGUCUUUGUUAUGAUGGUUUUGGUUCGUAGUUCUUGUAGCAGCUUUAUUGCAAAGAGAUUUGUGAUUGGUGAGGGGAAAUCUUGAACUCAAUUGGUCCCAGCAGGUGACAACACAGUUAUUGGUUGUGCAACCCUAUUAUUUUUUUAAUGUAGUACCUCCUUGGGAAUGUUUCUGAUUCAAGACUUAAAGGGAUAUUCUUGCGUAAGAUUAAUUUAGGGUCAAACACACUGUAACACCGAGUUAGACAACCCCUCAAGAGAUGAAUGUUGCUGACUGCUUGCUUCUUUAGUUAAACCAACUUUAGUAACGACCGCAAGAUAGCGAUACACAGCAGUCUGAGGAGCCAUAAACAAACCUCAACCAAAACACCACUCUAUAGCCACAAAUAAUGCUUAGAACAGCACCUAACUUCAUCAACAGUACAUAUAGGGACCUAGCCACCAAACAUCUUUUUAACUUUGCCUUUUUCUUUAGCAAAGAGACUAAACACAACUCACCUACUCUCUUCCAGCAGCCGCUUGUUUGUUGCGAGACUCAGGCCAGUCCAUUACGGACUGCAGUUGGGUGACACAGCUCAAGGAAGAACAUUUAUGAUUUUUACUUCAUGGAAAUGCAAUCAGACCCUUUAACUUUGAGCUGGUCCAGUGGAACUACUCUCUUCGUUAAAAAACUGUAGAAAAGUUUUCACUGUGGAAAGCGUCUGAAUUACUGAUUAUAGAAAAGUGUCUAUGUUAAAAAUUCUCCAAAAUAUCCCUUCAAAGUAACAUUUUGUUGCCUGUCUGGCUUAUUCCAGAUGGAGGAAAUGGAGCACAAUGUGAAGGCUCUGACAGAUGAGCUGCAGGACGUGAAGGCGGAGCGUAAUGUGUUCAGGGAAAAGGCGUACCGGGUCAACGUGGAGCUCAACCACAUUCUGGGCAACCAUGGGGCACGCAUCAUUGAUGUGGAUGCCCUCUGUAUGGAAAACAGGUGAGUGGGACAGUCAUCUUGGACUUCUUCCAACAAGUUAUGCAAGAGAAUUGGUCACAAAAAAAGGAUGUGAUAAAACUUCAACGCUGGGUCCAAAUUAAACUGGUCUAAAGUUAUUAUGAAAGUUACACCUGGUUUCAGGGAUUCUCUUAACUUUGCUCAAACUUACAAGACUUCUGCGAAACGUCUGCCCCUCACCACCCCUUUCGUAUCACCUGUGACACUUCUGAUCGGGAUCAUUUGCACUGCAGGUAUUUGCAUGAGCGUUUCGGCCAGCUCCAAGAGGAGGUGAAUCUGCUGAAAUCCAACAUCAUGAAGUACAAGGUACAGAUGAAAAGCCCCUGCUCAAACAUAGAUAGAUUUUGAAGCUUUGCUAAAUUUGUAUUCUUGUGCAUGUACUCUGAAAGAACAAGAGGUUACUUAAAUUCAAAUCGCACAUCAAACACGGCCUCCUUUGGUAUCCCACAGACGGCUCUUGAGAGGAGGAAAAACUCCAGCACAUAUGGGAAAUCAAACAGCAGCCCUCUCACUGGAGUCCUCUCAGCCAAACAAGGUGAAAAUACAAACUGUUCUCCUCGCUCUGAAUUCUCUCUUAACUCCUACAUCAACAGAAACCAGAGCAGCUGUUCUGGAAAGUGUUGAAGGUCUCGAAAACGUUCUUCUUCACCUCAUUUUUGAUCACAGCAAGUUUGUUUUCAGUUUCCUCUCAAUGUUCAUCGCCGUGCCUCAUUGCAUUAUUUAAUAACUCCCCUUUUUUUUGCCGAUCCUUCAAGCCAGCGCCCGGACACCAGCUGUGUUACUAAUUGUAUUCUGAGUGGUGGAGAGCACCACUGGCAGGAAAAUGAGCCUGCCAUGAUGACUGACAGUCGCUGGCAGAAGCAGCACAGUGGGUUACGGAGUUAAAGUUAGGAGAGUGUCUCCUCGUAGACAGCUGUUUCUGAUGCUCCAUCUCUGUCUUGCUCAUAUCAUGCUGUUUUUCUCCUCUUUAAGUUUAUCACCCCUUUUCUAGCCUUUUUAAUCUGUUUUUUAAGGCUUAUUUUUGGAAGAUUUAUAGAUUGGAUUAAAGGGAAAUUGAAUGGCUUUAUCCAAGCCGAUCUCUGUUUAUGGACGCUGCAUAGAAAUGUAGAGUCUGUAUCAAGUGGUCUGAAUGCAAAAGCAGUCUAAAGGUUGUGUUUUCGUCCUCUUUGAGAUCAGGCCAGGUGAAGUUUGAGUAUUUGUCAUGAUUAAGUUAAGACCUAUAAAUUGUAAGUGUACGCCACAGUGAAGCACCUGUAUGUCUAAUGUUAAACAGAGAUCUUUGCUAGUCCUUGAAACAGAUGUCAGACUCUAUCCCAGGGUAUGUAAUGGACCAAGAGUUUACCUUUCGGAGUAUGUGGCACGGAAAAGAUGUCAAGGCUGGAAGUCCUCUUUGUAACCUCCAGCUGGAAAGUGAAUCGGUUUCAAAAUGCAUGUUUCACCUCUACUCAACGAUAAUCGAAAUAGUUCAGGACCCAUCAGCUGUCGUCUCAGAUGCAUGAGAUGCAAAAUUAAAUUUAAAUGAAGUUAUGGGGGAUAUGUAAUUUUCAGGGACAGUGUAAUUUUUUUUUUCCCACCAUCUUUUAUCCGUUUUCUCAAGUCCAAGAGAUGCUUCUGGAAGAGCAGGGCUGCAGUCUUCCAGCCACGCCUCAGUCCAUCUCCGACCUGAAGUCCCUGGCCACAGCUCUGCUGGAGACCAUCCAUGAAAAGAACCUGGUCAUCCAGCACCAAAGGCACACCAACAGGUAAUUCUCUCGCACCUUAUCUCCUGACUGCACUAAAGAUGUUUGCCAGCCUGUUCUGGGAAUCCUCUUCCUCCACCCUAAAAGCAAACACUCACGCAAACACACACACAAACGCUGCCUUCCUCUUCAUGCAUGCUGACACGUAGUGCCUGGCCCACAGGAUCUUGGGAAACAGAGUUGCAGAUUUGGAAAGGAAGUUGAAGACCUUGGAGGUGUCAGGACUAUGGAGUCUUCCAGGUGGGUCUUUUGACCAGGUUUCAAAGUCUUAAAAGUUAGUCUAAGUCCAAGAAUAACUUAAAACCUAACCCACAAGAUACUUUUGGGUCAGUACAGCAAGUAAAAUGUUCUCAUAGAGGUCUGGAAUAGCUGUUGUCUGUAGUUAAAAUGUCAACAGUCCCAGCCUCAGUGUUUAUCUGCUGUCUUUUUAAUGUUUCUGCUUUAACCUGGUUGAUACCUGUAACUGUUCCACACCAUAAGCAAACAUGACCGUGCGACUGAGGAUCUGCUUGUGUUGACAGUGUGCCAUUUCUGUCUUUAUCUUUCGAUGGAGGAGGAGAAGUCCUUAAAUACUCUGCAUUUAAAUCCCUCGUUUUAGGUUUGAAUUUAUUUUGUAUUCUUUGACAACUUUACUACCAGGAAAGCUGGGACGCUGUGAACAAUGUUGAAAAUAUUGCAGUUCUUACUUCUUGUAUUUUGAGUCGUCUGUCUGUAUUUUUCAAAAUCUAAAUUUGUGAAAUAGCCUUGACGCUAAUAACCGUAUGUCUUUCUCUUUCUGGCCGCGUCUCAGGCUUGACCUACCGCGUAUCCGUGGGAAUUGGGAGUAUGUAUUCCUUCUGCUCCACUUAGACCAUCCAUGCCCUCCACUGUAUCAUGCCAGGACAAAUCUGGGCAGACACCCAGAAAAUGUGUCACCUCAUGCUCACCGUUUACUAAGUGUCAUUCCCGUUGACCACCCGCUUAUGUGUUUGUUCAUGUAACCGGUGAUCCUUUUGGUCGAGUGAAUGUGUCUCUAUGUUGACACACUUUGAGUGUCUAGGUUGGGCUUAUUAUAUGGGCAAGAGGGACCUUUUUAAGGCAGUUCAGUUAUGUUUUCUAUGCACCUAAGCUGUCAAACAAAUUUUGCUUAUAUAGGCAAAGAGUACUUCUGUGAUCUGUCUGAAUUGUAGCUCACCAAAAUCUCAAAAAUACAUCUCAAAUCUAAAAAAAAAAAAAGAUUUACAAAGUCUAAAUAAUCGUAUUUGAAGUUGAAUUUGCUGUCAGAAAAGAAAAAUCAACCUGCAACAAGACAUUAACAGAGGAAUUGGUUCCCUGCUUUUACCACUAGAGGGGGAUGUUGUGCUGUGGAUGAGCAACACAACAGAGGUGGAGGGGCUGCGGCUGAAUUGAGGUGCCCUGUCAUGAGACCGUCAUUCUCACCGCUAUAAAACUGACAAGCAUCCAUUACUGAAAAUGAUUGCCCACAUUACAAACACAUUUAGGGGAAUGUGCCGUUAUUAGGGAAUUUGUAGGCGAGGGGGGCCCGGAGUGGCUGACGACCGCGCUGUCCACCACGGUUAGGGAGACAGAAAUAUAUAGAGAGAUGCGAGCGCAUGCGGCCUUGAUGUGAUGUGAAGUUUGGCUGAUGGAUAUUAAAGCUAAACGGGAUAGGAUGGAAGGCCUUGGCUGCCUUACCUGAGGCCCCGAAAACACUCGAGGUGACUACAUUGUCUCCGGAUGAGGGAGAGCCAAAAACAAUAACAAUGUUGUGGACGCACUGAGUCAGAUAAAGUUGUGAUUGAUAGAUCCCGGCUAGUCCACCCUUCUGAAAGAGUGCAGGCAGGAAUGUAACACAGCAACUGAAAGCCUGUCAGUGUGCAUCAGCUAUUGAAAAGACAGAGGUGGCUACAGAGUGCAGCCAUAAAACAGUGUUUUGGUCGAGUCACUGACUUUUCCAGUGAAGAAAAAAGACAUUACCUUGUCACUCUGGAGCUGGGCUGCACCCAGUCUAGGGUGCAAGCAUGUGACUAUUUGACAGACGUCUCUAUAGAGUUGACGAUCUGAUAUUUAGGAGUAUCAUGUGAUGCCGAUGUGGACUCGGGGCAAAUACAGUACAUCUAUUGUUUGUUGUACCUGCAUGAGAGUGACAAGAAGAUGGGAACCUUUUGCCUCCAUCUGAGAUGACACACAUCUCUGCCAAGUCUGGACGCUUCAAACCAGUAAUCAAAACUCCACACAAGUAUAGGCUUGAAACAACAGAACUUCUUUAUAACCCUCAUCUCAAAGCGUGAAGGAAGCACAGUCCCAAAGUUACAGGCCAACUCUGACUUGUUUGUUCUAAAAAGCUGCAGCAGGACACAAUAAAAAAGAUCAGUGAUUUUUUUAAAAUUAAAUAAAGACAGAAAUUCUUCUACCAGUCCCUGCAGCACAAACUCCAAAUGCCUAAGCUGUCAGCGCCCCCUGCAGUGUGAAGAGAUGGAGACAUGUCACCCGUCUUCAUAUUCAGUCAGAGGCUCAAAUAGCUAUGCAGAUGUUUGGCAUAAUGUCUAUCAGAUUGACGUCUUUGUUUACGGUGAGCUCACAUUUGCUAAUGAGGCUCAUGCUAAUGUCAGUAGCUGAGAAUUAAUUCAAUGAUAAACCAAAGUAACUGAUAAAUUAUAAUUUUGACAUUUCCUUUAAGUUGCGAAAAGAAGUUUGAGGAAACUUUUUUUUUUUUCUCUUGACACUCUGCCCUCAGCCAACCCUCUCACUCACUGCUCCAACAUCAGUGUCAGCACUGAGCAUCCAUAACAAUAUGGACCGCAUUCAUAACAAUAUGGUCUCCGUUCACCAUUCAUGAUUCUCACGCAUCGUGUCACCCAGCCAUCCAUUUUCCCAUUCUUCUGUUUGUUUUUGAGCCUCACACUUGAAUGGUCAGAAACAGGCCUAUUCACAGGCUCUUUGUGAGAGAAAAGGCUGAUGUGCACGCUCAGAGGCGGGAGCGUAAUGCAUGUGUCUGUGUGGAAACAGCCCCGCGUGUGGAUGUGUGACGUCUGGUUUAUAGUGCAGAGUCUGCUAUGAGUAGCAUAUGGUGUCAGCCUAAGAGGCGUGCAGCCAUCACUAAUGAAGACUGAUGACAGGGAUGUGAAGCCACUUCCUGUGAGCACUGCAAAGCAUACGUGCUUGUAAGUGGUGUCAAAGUAUACAUAUCAUGCAUGUGCUUGGACGAGCUUCAUCCAAUCCCAAUGUUUGGAAAUCAUUUUGGAAAUCUUGUUUUUCUCUUUUAAAAGUAACAUUCCUUGAUGUUGGACUUGCAGGUACACGAGAAAACAUCACACUGAAUGAAAAUCUUCAACCAGAACUUCAUCCAACGCAUGUCACAUCUCAGCCCACAGUGCUGCCACCCAAAGGUGAGUGCGUAAUUGUGUGUAACUGGCUUUCAGGAGCACCCACGGCUAGCGGCGUAAACACCGUAAUUAGCCGCCGCCUGCUAAACCCUCCUCGCUAUCUUCCAUGUUUAACCCGAGUCCUUUUCCUUCCCGCCCGCACUCCUCUCCGCUUCUCAUUGGUGCAAGCUGCCCAAAUGCCAUGGCAUUUUGGAAAUGUGAGGCAAAUUCUCGCCCGCUGACAUUCAGAAACUUCUGCCCUGUUCUCUUUGAAAGGAGAAGGAGGGGUGGGGGCCCAUAAAUAUGGAUGCCAGCUCAAGUCAUGUUGCUUUCUUCCUGUGUCUUUUUGCAUGCAUGUGCGAGUGUCCGUGCGUGUGUGUGUGUGUCUGGGAAAAGGUGGCUGGGACUCCAUGUGCAGUCUUUAACCUUUUUGCCUGCACAUCCACAAAUAUGGGUCAGUAAUCCCCAAAGUGAGAGCAUAUUUUGGCGAAGGAGCAGAACUAAGCUGUUGCUGUCGCUGAGAUGCGGGGCGUCACACUCGUCUUGCGUCCCCUUGUCUGGGGCACUGCUGCUAUAUUUAGCCUGUUGCCAUGGAAGCACUUCAGUCACAUAAGUAAUUGAAAUAACUUUUCUAUGUUGACGGAGUGGUUCAACUUAAAGAGAGAAAAGUUUUCAUUGUGUUUUUUUUUUCAUUGUGGUUUGACAUUACAGCUUUUGUCUGUCAGCACACUUGGUUCCAAUUGAUUCUCUGUUGUUUUUUUUCGAGUGUAUUUAUAGAUUAGAUUAGAUUAGAUAUAACUUUAUUAAUCCUUCAGGGAAGGUUCCAGCAGCAUCAGUAUGUGCAGAAAAAAAUCUGUACAGUCAAAUAAGUACAAAAUAAAAAUGCAAUAUCUAGACAGAAUAAAGAUAUAUUACAACUUCAGAUAAAUUAUUUGCAUAUAAAAAAGUAAGAUGUAAAGAUGCAUCCAUUUGCACAUUACUUAGUUUUUUCGUUGUCCCUGUCUUUUGAAACAUGCUGCAAUUACAUAAAACAAAAAAAAAACACUUUGUCUUUACACUAUUUUUUUAUUUUUAAAAAGUGGGUUUAUAUGAUUUGCAAACAAUCAGAUUCUGUUUAUCAAUAUUUAACACCACGGUAGCGUAAUUCAGUGUUGCUAGCAUUACAGAUAGAAGAUACACAAAGACAUUAGUUAGAAUAAUCUGCGAUUUAUAUUUUUGCCUGUGUUAUGAUUAAAUAAAUUAACCAACCAGUGAAAGGCUGGCCGUUAUAUCAAGAAAGAAGCAGCGUAAAAAAUGUUUAAAAAAAAAGAAAAAGAAAACAAAAAUUGUCAGAUUUUGUUAAAUGAUUACCCAGUGAAAACAGGCAGCAGAUUCAUAAUCAAAAGAGACUUAGUGUUUAAUAAGAAGGUUGUAUUUGUAGGAAGUCUUGCAGAUGUUUUGUUGUUUUUAGCAGCUGAUGCUAAAAGACAUUUGACUCCAUGACUCCUACAGAGGAAGAGAAAAGGGCAAAGAGACUUGUUUUCGGAUGUUACUGUGGCUUCAGAUCAAGUGAGUAAUUAAAAUGACCAGUUGUCUCAUCCUCCCUCUCCCAGCUGUGUCAGACGACAGAAGUUCCCAUGAAUCAUUGUGGAGAUGCCACACCACUGGCAGCAACCUUAGCACAGAUGGCGUCAGCAGGGAAGACUCACCUGCACUCCUCAACAGCCUGCAGCCCCUCAUGGGCAUGGAGACGAAUGGGAUCGACAGCAGUUUCGGAGAAAUCGUGACCCUGGCGGAAGAUGGAGGCCCCUUAGAGCUGGAGCAGGGGCGGAGUCCCGUGGAGGAGGCGGGGCAUGAGGUAGAGGGAGUUGAGGUCGAGGAACUGGGCUCUACGGUGGAGGAGGGUGAGGAGGCAGCUUUGGCGUUGGGUGUCCCGAACACUGAAUCGGACCUUCCAUGGCUUCAAAUCAAUAAAGGCUGUGAUGAUCAACCAGAGGUGGAUCAGCAGCACUGUGAAUCGCAGAAUAACACACCUGAACAUGUAGAAACCUCAGCACCACAAACAGACAGCCAGACCAAAGAAGUGUCGAGUAGAAGGGAGCUGGACGUUCAUUGUCAAUCUGCAUAGUGACACCGUCCUUUAGACUCAAUUGGCAUGAUCUCAUGCCGUCAACAGACUUAAGCAAAUCAGUUUCUUGCUCAUUUCUACUGGAAACUCGCAUCCACCACCUCUUGUUCCUUUGUCAUAGUGUUCAUGCAGCCACUCUGUUUUUAUCAGUAAAACAGAAGCACCUGUCCAGCCACUACUCACAUACUCAGACGUCCAGACUUUUUUCCUGCAACAACCAAUCUAGAAAUCAACAGAGAUGCAAACUUAUCCCCUGAAGGACAAAUUUAGCUCCAAAAUCAAUAAAAAACGGCAGCUUUAACUUCCUUUUUCUCUACAUUGAGAUAAUCCAUGGUUUGCUUUUGGAGAUGCCGAUGACGUCAGUGCUGCAUUUUGAUCCUAAUCUAUCAGGAGGUUGAAUUCAGCUAACCAAAACUUGUACUGAAUGUGUUGUACACAUGUGUAAAUUAUUAUAAUUAACAUUAGAGAGUCUAUUGAUGUCUAUUAACUGUGAGGGUGGAUCUUAUAAAUCAGAUGCUUUUAUUUUUUGUUACAUAGAUGCUGAUGUUUGAAUGAGACUAAAUGUGCCUUGAUAUUUAUAAAUAUAACUGCAUCUGCCUGUGUUAUGGCCUGUUUUGAUGUACUCUUUUUCAAUUCACUCACAAAUAGCAGCCGUUUCAAAAGUUAUACUCUUAAGUUUGGAGAAAACCGAACAUUCAAAAACACACAUGCAUAAAAAAAGGUGUUAAGAGACGCUACGUAGUGUCAGUGAGGGGGUGCAUGAGGAACUUUUUCACAGAAGAAAACCACAUGAGCAGAAAAGUUCAACUUCCCUGACUUUAUGAACUUGGUGUAAUAUUUGUCUGAGCUUUCAUACACAGACGGGAUUUGUUUGAUAGCAUGUUGUGAACUGCUAAAUGAGCCUGUAUCUGUAGAAAAUCACUCUGGAUCAUUUCUAAAGUUGGUCUCUCAUUAAUUCUCAAUGCAGCAGCCUGAGUCUCUUGAUUGUGUUUCAGAUUAGAGCAGCUUAACUUGAUUCUCUUCUCUCCAGCCUUGAUAGAGAAUUGAUCCAGCGUAAAACUUUCACACUUAGUUGACGUUAAUCGUAGAAACUCAGUUUUUAGUUGCAUAAACAUGUCGACUUUUUGAAAGAUGUCCGUUUGAAUUAGCUGUCUUUUUCAAGCUAUGAUCAUGCCUAAAUAGUUUGUAUAUUCCAGUUAACACCCAAUCUUAGGUAAAAACACCAAAAGUUUCCCAGCGAAUGGAUGCACUAACACACCCGUUUUGUCUUGCAGCCAAAGUCUACAGCCCGCUGUGUAUUGAGAAUCAGUGUUGAGGCCUGCUCUUCCCGUAUGCAGGUGACAGCUGGCCUCUCCAGGCAAACACAGCGUCAAAGCCAGAAUCCAUGAACUGCUUAUUCUGCAGAAGGCCACUUGCUAUUUUUAAUCUCUGACAUAAAAUAAGAGGCAAGAGGAGAGAAAGGAUUGGAGAUGGGGAGAGCUAUGGUGAGCACCCAGUGUCGGAACUGCGCCAGGCAGCUGAUUUGGCACACUGUAGUGAGCCUUUUUCAACCCCCUGGAGGGUUUAAGUUUAUAAACCAGAUGGAGUCUUAACUAAUGAAAUUACAAGUUGACACCAGCUUGCUAUCAGAUUCCUUGAAAUAAUCUAUGUAGUUAGCAUGCUAAUACAGUGUAUGCUUUGUAAGCUUCGUGGAUCUGUUACAAAGAUGCAUCCUCUCGAGAUUACAGGAGACAGUGACCAUUUUUCAGGGGAUAUCUGACUUGUGACAUGGAUUGAAGUUGAUGCUUUUUCUUAUAUAGCUUAAUCCCAGGGGAGCUUCAAAUUUGGCUCACCUCCAUUUAAUGUCAUGAACUCUGACAACCCCAGACUUUCAAUCAGGUUAUAGUCUUUACACUGUGUUGCAAGUUAUUGUUUGUUUUGGAUCAAGCAUGUCAAGGUUAAGAUGACAAAGCGUCUAGCUUUUCUUGCAAGACAAGAUCAUCAAAGAGAUAUGGUAUACCUCUUUGUCCACAAGGGGGUACAAAAGUCAACAUCAACUUUAAAAUCCUUAUAGAAGCUUUAAAUAUGCAUUUAGGGACCAAAAAGUGAACAUAUGUAAGGCACCAGAAGUGCAUUCUAACUUUAUCUCAUUUGAUUUCUUGGGCCAAAGUUUACAAACUACACGAGCAUCCUUGUGUGCUAAAGAUUAAUCCCAGACCCCUAUCAGGAUUUCAUUGCCCAGUACUUGGUCUUGUCACUCAGCUGAAAGAUACAGUCUGCUUUCUGACACCGCCAGAGAGCAAAAGAGGACUCCCGAGAGCUGAUGUAGCCAAUCAUCACCUCUACAGAUAAAAUGAGGCUAUGGUACCCGCCACUAGCCCCUGCCAAAACUAAUCUCAGCCUCUUAUCUGUGACGGCAAUGUCCCCCACCAGAGGGCAAGUAAAAAAUGUGCUUCUGCUGCUUUAAUCACUCAGGUGGGUGUUUAACUUUCUGGUUUUGUGUUUGAAAGACAGACCAUUUAUAUAAGAGUGCAUGCUUUUCUGUGGCUUUGUAGUAGACUGAUACUGUUCCAUGUUUGAGAUAUUAAGACAGGCUGUAGUAUAUUAUAUAUACCACUAAUCUUAUCACAGUGUCAUCUUGCUUCAUUCUGAUGCUCAGCCCACUUCUCUUAUCCUACCCUGGGGCCUAGACUGUGGGAGAGACCAGCGGGGUCACAGCAAUGCUCACUGGCUCUAAUAAGUGUGACCAGUGAGGGUUUGACACCCCGUCAUCUCUGGGCCCCUCUGAAGGUUUGAAGGAUGGGGGUGGACAGGGGCAUGUGGAGCCAGCAGUUUCCAGGCCGACCACUCAGAAGGGUUAAUUACUAUACCAACCAGACGCCCCUUCCAGUGAUGGUCAGUGCACUUGUGCUCUGUGCGCCAUCCACACACCUUGCUUUUUUACGCUUACCUGAGUUUUAUCAUGUGGUGCCUCAGAGGCCCUGCAGGUUUGCUCUACGGGGGCUCAUUUCGAGAAGUGUAACUUUCUGCUCUGUUGCUGACAAGACUGUUAUUAUCUGAGAUAAUGGAGGGGAGAAAGAAGCCGCCAAAAUAUGUCAGUCAUGCUUCGUCCUACUUGCUACAUGUUGAGUUAAAUCUAAUGCAUCACAGAGACGACAUCUAUGGCUGCAUCAUUGUCUGUGUUUGUACUUUUACACAGAUUCUUGAUCUCAUUUUACAAGAAAAGAUGGAGACAGGUGAAAUGUGUCAGCCUAAAUAUUUAUGCCACCUCUGAAACCAGUGAGCUCAUCUAUCUAUCUGUCUAUCUAUCUGUCUAUCUGAUGCCAAUAAUUCUUCAUUCCCUGUUUCCUACCGCAGUAGCUUUCUGGAGGCACAACAGAAACUGACAGCUACAACAACAACAACAACAGGGCUCCCAAGGCUGUCCUGGAAAGCAAGAUUGGCAAAGUCGCACCCUGUUGGGGGGAGCGUUGCGGGCCACACUGGGGGUCAGCAUGCAGCCAGUACAAUGCAGUCAGAUCUCUAUCAAGAUAAGAGAUAGCGGGCCAGUGCGAUAAGAUCCCUCUGUCCCAGACCAGCAGGAGACUCAGAUUUGGGUGGAAGUAGCUGUAGUCAUGUUUUUAAAGAGUUUUUUUUUUAUAUAUAUAUAUAUAUAUCUUACAAACAGGAAUUUUUUUGUCAUAUAAUCUUUUACAGCUUUUGCAAAGCAAAAACACAAGAUAAAAGAUACAAUCAGGUAAGUACUUUGAUAAUAGUCUCACAAAUUUUCAAGUACAAUAUUACCUCUCUUCUCGUGAAAGAAAUUUGUGACAAACAAUGAGACACCCUAUUUUAAGCUAAUUUCCCAUUCAAAUAAAGAAAAGCAAAAUCUAACAACCUGACUCAUUCAAAGGUAAGAAAGCAAAUUUUCAAGGACUGAAUUCAGACCUGCUUCCUUGGUUUGCUUUGCUGCUUCUUCUGUGAUACGAACAAUUUACUCAAAUUAAAAUGAAUAGUUGUCUGGGUCAGAAUCAGUGCAACAAAACAGAAAACAUUUUGAAAAUAAAAGUGUAUCAGCCUCAAAAUGUAGCUUUAACAUGAUUUUGGUUUGGCAAACCUUUAAUUCUGUUUUCUAAUCCACCUUGUGUCCCUUUAAAUACAGUUUAGGGUUGCAGCCAUGUUCAAAUUGAGUAUCUGUAGAAAUGUCCAAGCUCUCGUGACCGUUUCUGCGGCUGUGUUUGCCAAAGCUAUUUCAUACACAAUUGGGCCUUGACUUAAUGGCCUGUGUGAAAGAGAUGGACAGAAACAUGGAAAAGCCCACUAUUUUAAAUCAUUCUUGUAUAUUCGAGCAUUGUGAUGACUUUGUGGUAGCAUUGCCUUCUCUUUAACCAUCACCAUCAAUCCCCCAUAAGCAAUGAGCCAUUUGCCAUUAUGCAGCUUGUUAGCAAUGUCCAAGCUGUGUAAUUACCUGUGUCAAUGGCAAUGAUUGUCUACACUGACACAUUAUUCAUCACUUUAUAAUUGUAGAGGUUGAAAGAAGGAGUUUCAGACCUUCUUGCAGUCUGGAUGUCAGGAUUUUUCUGUUUGUCACUUCUCCAGAGUGGAUCAAGUGCUGCAUCGUAGAAUUAAAGAAAAAAAAAAACUCUCAGGAUUCAGGAACCCAAAUGCACCUGCAA